AAUACUGGACAUUUUCCUAUUGUGUAUUGAGGUAUUUUAUCUUAAGCACCCGACUAUGGAGAAUUACUCUAUUUUUGUUUUGAUAUGCAUUUCCUAGCCCGAACAUUCAAAUUAAGGAGGUUGUGAUACUGCCUUUGCCCCAAAGUCCAUGGAUGGCUUGCCCAUGGAUUUCAGUGCAGGAACACUAAACGACAUGAACAUGAAAAACAACUCUUUCUAUGCAACUGGGAUGUUCUGCACAGAGUUCCCCCAGCAUUGAAGUCAACAGGAUUUCUAUUAAAGGAAAGCAAUAGUCCUAGGAACACUGCCCAUGUGUAUGAAGUGAGCAUCCAGCUUCAAGAUUUUGAACACUUGAACACAGGAUCAAGCUAUGGAUCAGGUUCUCCAAAAGGAGUUUGCUAUAUCCUGUGAAUGAGUUUCAGGAACCACCAAGGCCUUUCAAACAAUGCUGCAUGAAUCAGGAGUAAAGAGUGGAACCCUUCAACCAGCCUCUACAAGAAUGGCCCUGAGCAACUUUAAUAAAAUGUGUACAACAAGUACACAGGAAUCCAUCUCAGACAUGAGUUGGGAUAAUCCCUUAAACUGCUGGAAUGAAAGCCCACAACUGCAGCUUGCCAAGCAGAUAAUGACACAGAUUUCAGACUUGCCACUGGACACCAUAGAUUCAGACAGUGUUGUUUUGCGCUGUCAGGGGAUGCAACUAACUGAAGACCUAAGCAAAGUGGAGUCGUUUUUCUGGGCUAGAGAGAAGCUGCUUCACAUCUGCAUUGCCAGCAUCUUCGCUUUGCCACCAGUCGACACCUUGCAAAGGAAGGCUGAAGAAAAGGUUGGCGUACAGGCCUUGUAUGACCAGAUUGAGCAAGCUCUGCAAACAACACUGAAAUGCCUGUUAUCAGAGAGACCAAGUACAAAUGAUCUACUUGUACUCUUAAAUCACUUGGCACCCUGGAUGACAUCUGAACAAGAACAUGAACGAGCUAGAGCAGUGAGCGCCUACAUAUCCCUGCUAGAAUGUGCAGCCACUGAUCCCACAUUAUACAUGUCUGAUGAGUUUCAUAAGUUGGGACUUCUGAUUGGUCAGCUGUGCCUGCGUAUCUUUGACUCAGAUAUGACGAUUGGCUCCCAGGCUAUGAAAGGCAUUUAUUUCUUGUACUCUAUUAUACAGCACCAAAAGGAUAUUAACAUGGAAGUGGAGUCCCUGGAUGCAGAACAGUAUGAAAUCUACAAGGGGAAGUUGGGUACCUAUGUACCAUUAAACCCUGGGCAGAAUGUCUCUCAAAUUAUUAAGGAAUUUGAGCCAUUUCUCACAUCAAGACAGAUGACGGAGCUUUUGUUGACUGCGAUAGGCUGCCUGAAGGAAUCCAACAGAAAAACCAUGGUGGCAUCUUAUACCAUCACACAUGUAAUCCUGGAGGAGUACAAGCACCACUUAUCCAAGCAGAUUCCAGAAAUUGUGGAUAAGAUAUACCUGCAGCUUGGUUCCAUCUAUCACUACCAAAACAGACAAAUAGUGAUGAAGGUCAUGUGCAGCCUGGCUCACACCUACAUGCAAGAAGUAUGCAAUGCCCUUCUACAAUGUUGUUUUCCCAUUGACAGGUUUGCCACUGAGAUGUGGUAUGUGUUGACCAAAGAAUGCUCCUAUGAUGAACUAACUGAACUUAUGAACAUACUCCUGAAAAAUCUGCAGACAAACCCAAGGACCACUGGAGACUACAUCGCACCCCUGAUUACAGCCAGCGCUUUCCGCAGGGUGUUAGCUGUGCCGAAAUGCUCACAUGUGGCUCUCUACAUUUACCCCCGGCUGCUGCUGACACUGCUUGUUCAGGUGCACUAUAGCAUCAGGCACCAAGUAAGAAGGAAUUCAGUUUAUCAGGAGGAAUUAAACCCUGUGAGCUUUCUUGUGAAAGCGCUGAAGACUCUUCUUCUAGCUGUGAAAUGCUUUUUCGAGUCUGCCUUUGAGAAGGAGCGGGGCUGGGAGCUGCUCACCAGUUCUGAAGAUCACCAUCGAGGGGUAGGCCUUUUUGCAAGAGUCCUGAUUCAGAACUCCUAUCAUUAUGACCUUCUGAGGAUCUUGUACCUUCUGGUUCCCUUCCUGGAGCGAGGCGAUGAAGAGCACCAGAUCACAGCAAUGGCUUUCUUUGUUGAACUUCUUGUUAUGUCAGAGGCUAAAAGACUUCCAGAUCUAUAUUGCUUGAAUCGCCUAAAGGAAGGACUGGAUAAUAAGAACACAGUUAUCCGGGCAUUGUGUAUUCGAGGUCUGGUUAACAUGGCAGACUGGCCGAGGAAGGAUAUAAAGAUCUUAUUGCCAGCCAUGACACAAGGCCUUUCUGGAAUGAACGGGAAACUGUUUCUGGAGAGUGUCACUGAAAUUGAGAAGAUUCUUACAGGCCCAGAAAGUGCAGAUAGCAUUUACAACAUCACCCUUUAUCUUCAGGAGCUCUUUGAUGAUGAGAGAGAAAGCAUACGUGCUUCCGCCAUAUUUCUUUUUGGGAAAAUGGUGAAAAUCGCUAAGAAAAACAAUGAACUCAGCAUAAGGCAACAAAUACUAGAAAAUAUAAUUCCAUUAUUUCUGCAUCUCCAGGAGGAGGACUCUGACAUAACCCAGAAUUGUAAAUACACCUUAGAUGAAUCCACUCAGUUUCUGGGAUGGAAACUACCAAAGCAAGUUGUCUGCGAAAAGGCCUGGUAUGAGCAUGAAGAAGUUCUGGAUGAAAUCUGCCAGUAUUUGGUACAGAAACACCAGGGAACUCUCCAGAGAUUCUUGUACCAAAGCCUUUUCUACACCGCGAGUCCACUUCUCCCUAUACGAAGGGCUUCCAUCAUGUUCCUUGGUUUUCUUAUACUGCAUAUGGACAGCAAGGCACAAAAAGUAGACUUGGAUGUCAUAAAUCAUGCUCUUGAAGUCCUGCUGCAUGACAAUGAUGAAUCUGUGUGCCUAGCUGCAGCUCAUGCCCAUGAACGUGUUUUUGCAGUGCUUUCUCAGCAGCUGAAUGGAUCAGAUGGCAAAUGCAAGCCAGUGGCCAGUGACACUAAUGAAAAGCAGAUCAGGAAUGUCAGACCCCAGAGUGCCACUUCUAUCCGCAGCAACUCUUCUAAUUUAUUAAGUAUUAUUUGCCUCUGGAAAUCAGCCAACAAAAAGUAAUACUUGGCUGGAGGAGAGAAAGGAGCUUGGUAUACACUUCUUCAGAACAACAAAAGGGCUGUGAAAAUCACCUUGCUUCAGCAAGAAAUGGGAAACAACCCCACAAAAGGAAUAACUGAUUUGCCAACUGCCUGGAUAAUAAAAAGCACUGGUUCCCCACAGAA